UUUAGACUCUCCGGUCACAGUUCAUAUUUUAAAAUUAAAAUGAUUUAAUAAUUAAUAAUUUAUUAAUAGAUAAAUAAACAGAGUACAAAAGAAAAAUUCUCUGAUCGUCCUAGCCUUUAGCGCUCGUUAGAGUAAUCGUGUUCUGAGUAAUAAUCGUUAAUCUUGUUACUAUUGCUAUUCUAUAACGAUCAUUUACCAUAAAAGUUAUUCAAUUCAAUUCAAUAGAGUAUUCAAUACAAUAAGUAGGUGGCGGAAUAUAAGAUGGGAAUUUUGGGUUUAUCUAAGCUUAUUGCUGAUAUUGCACCACAUGCCGUAAAAGAAAUGGAAAUAAAAAACUAUUUUGGACGUAAAGUUGCAAUUGAUGCAUCGAUGAGCUUGUACCAAUUUUUAAUUGCGGUUCGGAGUGAAGGUGCACAACUUACAUCUGUUGAUGGGGAAACCACAUCCCACUUGAUGGGAACAUUUUAUAGGACCAUACGGCUAGUUGAGAAUGGUAUAAAGCCAGUGUAUGUAUUUGAUGGUAAACCACCAGAAAUGAAAUCUCAUCAGUUGAAUAAAAGAGCUGAGCGGAGGGAGGAAGCUGAGAAGGAGCUUCAAAAGGCAACAGAAGCUGGUGACACAGCAUCUAUGGAGAAGUUCAAUCGUAGGUUAGUGAAAGUUACUAAGCAGCAUGGUGAGGAAGCGAGGGAACUACUGAAGCUCAUGGGAGUUCCUGUUGUAGAAGCACCAUGUGAGGCAGAGGCCCAGUGUGCUGCUUUGGUAAAAGCCGGCAAGGUUUUCGCAGUAGCCACGGAAGAUAUGGAUGCCUUAACUUUUGGCGCUGAUGUCUUACUACGACAUCUUACAUUCUCUGAGGCUCGGAAGAUGCCAGUCCAGGAGUUCCAUCUUAACCAAGUGCUGAGUGGACUUGAACUCAAUCAUAGUGAGUUCAUUGACCUGUGCAUACUAUUGGGUUGUGACUACUGCGGCUCUAUCAGAGGUAUUGGGCCCAAAAGAGCAAUAGAACUUAUAAAGCAGCAUCGUUCCCUUGAGGAGGUGCUCAAGAAUAUUGACACCAAGAAAUACCAGCCACCUGACAACUGGGACUAUACCGAUGCAAGGAGACUGUUCACUGAGCCUGAAGUCACUGAUGCCACCAACAUUGAAUUAAAAUGGACAGAUCCGGACGAGGAAGGCUUAGUGAAAUUCCUCUGUGGAGACAAACAGUUUAACGAAGAAAGAGUGAGGAAUGGAGCCAAGAAACUGAUAAAAGCAAGGACUGGAACUACACAAGGAAGACUUGAUGGUUUCUUUAAGAUCUCCACAACGCCAAAUCCAAAACGUAAAGCUGAGGAAGACAAGAAGAAUACCAAUAAGAAAGCUAAAACCGGUGGCGGCAGGGGACGCAAGCCUAAAUAAUUUCUUGUUUUUAUAAGAGUUAACAUUUUUUAUCGUUUUUGUGAUAUCAGCUGUGCUAGAUUUUCACGUAAUUGAGUUAAAUUGUUUCACUGAAAUGUUGAAUCACUUAAAUCUGAACCUACUAAUAAUCCCCUUGUAUUAAAACACGAAUGUGGGCUGCACACGACGCGAAGCUGAGUGUGAUAAUAGUAUAUCACAUGAGUGUUUUAAUACCUUAUUAUCAACAGUUGCAUACAAGACUUUAUCUAUAGCCAUAAUAUGAAUCCUGUAUGUGUAUGAUUCUAAAACAGUUAGCUUAUUGCCAACAUUAAAACACCGAAUGUCCUAAUUGCCAUUACAUCAUCCAAACGAGUGUUGUGAUGAAAUUCAGUACAAUAUUACAACACUCGUACCUUUAAUAGAGGAUUUAAAGCAUGGGUGUAGAUAAACAUGGAUAACCAACAACAAAUUUAUAAUUACUGAAUAAUUAUUAUAGGCUUAUAAAAUAGAAAUUACAAAAUUAUUACAUUGUAAAACAUUUCAAAAAUUAUGAAUAAAAUAGUUAUUAAUGAAA